AUGGAGAUCUGGAACUUUAUCGUGAACAGAGUACUUUUUUUCCGCCAGAAACUUGAGAAAGGUGUAAUGUCCGCUAUGUUACUGGACAAUAUUUCUAAUGUCACUCGAGGCAAUGUGGUGGGUCAGAGCAAGACUGUGCAUGUGUUCUGUGCUCUUGCAGAAGAGCGUUUUGCUGGGGUGUCCUGCGGAGUGGGGGAUGCUCUGGUGAGGCACUGGCUGGGAGGAGGGCCCAGGGCCACUGACAGCCAUGGAGGAUGGUGCCGCCCAGGAGAGCCUUGGGCGUCAGGACUACUGUGCUCUCAGAAGCUAUCAGAAAUGGGGAUCUCUGAGGAGGAACCGCCAAGUGCUCUUUUAGAGGGGCUAGGCUUUGAGUUGGAACUGUCUGGCCUGCAUUUCGUCCUGUCUACACUGCUGCACGCAUGCCCCAAAGUUUUCCUGAAUGAUGAGACAAAAUGUAUUUUCCUUGGCCACCCAGAGCCCCUGUUUUCAGAGCAAACGGUAGAAUACAAGAAAAUGCUUUCAAGUAUAAAAAGUACCUCAAACGAUCUGCAAAUAAUACUGGGGUUACUGGCUCUACCAGCUUUUGAAGUAGCAAAUCCGUUACGCCAUAGUUAAGGUACAAGCCGAACAAUAAAAAUAGUGAGAUUAAUUAAAAAA